AUGGGUCUUGCUGAUAGUCUCUUGGCGGGCUAUUCAAGUGAGGAAGAGGGCCAUGAGUCUGAUGUUGAACUCCAGGAUGCCGAUGAUCAGCAGAUCUCUUUUCAGCAGCUCAUAUCUGUACCAGAUCUGAGUUCUAUCACAGAUAUUAGGAAAUACUCUCAUAAUUUACCAAGAGUUAACGACUUUGUGGAAAAGCUGCGAUACUACGAGAAACAAGACUCAAAGAUUGAGGACAGCCUGCUACAGCAUGCGAACGAUCUAUUGGAUGACCUGAACGAAGAGAUCGGCAAGAUAUAUUCCUUCAUCACUGUCCACUAUAAACCAGUCUGGCCCGAACUCGAUGAUUUGCUUCGAAAUCCGUACAAUUAUGCUCGCACAGUGAGGAUUGUGGGAGGUGAUCCGUCGAAGCUUAUUGAUGCGCCGGAGCUUUUUGAGCAGUAUCUUCGUAAAGACGAGAUUCUCGGGCUCACGGUCUCUGCAUCUGUUCUAAGACAAUCAAGUCAUAGCCAUUAUCUCGAUCAGCACCACUUGAAACUAAUUUCAGACGCCUGCGACCUUCUUCUCGAACUGGAAGGCGCUAGAACAGAGAUCAAAAACCACGUUUCUCGCAGAGCCAAAAGUAUAGCUCCAAACGUGACUGCCCUGGUAGGUCCCACGGUGGCUGCCCAAUUUCUAUCGGUGUACGGAUUGGAGGGCCUUUGCAAAGUUCCAUCAUGUAAUAUACCGUCCAUGGGAGUCAACAGGUCCUCGUUCAUGAAAGGUACGGUAGGUACGAGGAACAAAGGAUACUUGUACUACUGCGACCUUGUACAGUCGGUUCCAGAGGAUCUCCGAGUGAAGGCUGUGCGUGGGGUGGCUGCAAAGCUAGUUCUGGCCGCUAGGGUUGACUUUUCAAAUGCGGGCAAAUCCGUUUCCGACGACUCGUUUGGAGUACAGACGAGACAGCAACUCAGUGAGCAUCUGGACAAGCUGGCUAGUCCGCCGGAUGCACAGCCAAUCAAACCGCUGCCCAAGCCUGUUGACCAAAAGUCUAAGAAGCGGGCUGGACGCAGGUUCCGCAAACAGAAAGAAAAGAUGGAAAUGUCUGAGCUGGAGAAAGCCCAGAAUAGAAUGGCAUUUGGCGAGCAAGAAGAAACGAAAUAUGACGCUUUUGGUGAAGAGAUCGGCAUGGGUAUGAUUGGAAAGCUUUCGGCGCGUGCCAUCGCCAGUAGAAGUCGUCCUCGGCUGUCCAAGUCAGCUGCUUCCAAGCUUGAAAAGUUCUCUGGGAACAAACCGGCAGCUACGAGCAAAGUUGCACAGCUGCUUGACGACGAAAAGACUGCACGCAAGCGACAGUUGGAGUUGCCAGAAGAUACAGGCCACGAUAGGGCCAAGGUACAGAAGACGCUACCAGGAGCCACCUGA